AUGCUUCGAUCAAAUAAAAAUCAGUCUGCGCGAUCACCCGAACACUACGUCCUCAUUUUCGUCCUCCUUGCUGUGGCUACCUUUACGGUGUACCUUGUUCUCACCCUUAAUGCAACUUCAAAAGAACGUUAUCUGGGUCAUCGACCUUCCAUAGUGCCAUCAGAGGGAUCGCGUCCAUCGACUCUUCUCAACCCGUGCAACACGAGCAAUAACAGGAAUCCACAUUUAAGAACUUUUGCAGAGAACCGAACGCCAUUGUGCAACUGGAAAGUUUCGGAGGAGAAAAGGAGUUCCAUUUUAAUUGGCGUAAUGACAAUGGCGGGUAGAGUGUCCAAACGGGCGGCAAUUCGACAGACGUACGCCAGGGAUUCCAAUGGAAAUGCUCGGGUCGUUUUUGUCCUUGGGAAAAAUGGGAACCCGAAAGAUGACAGACUACUGGAGGAGGAGGCCAACAGGCAAUCGUUGUUUGAAGUCGGCCGUAACGGUGUUUACUCAACUGUAUGGAUUGGGUCUAAAAGCCUUUUUGACAGGUACGGUGACAUCAUGUUCCUCGACAUUGAAGAAAACGGCGACGGGGGGAAAACAUUCGAGUUCUUCAAAACCGCACAUCAAUUGUUUGGUCUCUGCCCGUUUACGUAUGUAGCCAAGGCCGAUGAUGAUGUAUGGUUCCAUAUCCCAAACCUACAAAAGCGGCUGGAUAGUGUUGUUCAGUCCGCUAAGAAAGAAGGUGUCUAUUACGGCAUGUUGUUGACUUGGCAGAACGAAGAAAAGACGGAUAUUUUCCAGUACAUGGCUGGUAUGAUCACAGCCGUCUCCAUGAAUAUUCUUGCCUGGAUUAUGACCGACCCCUUCCCAUACGAAAACAGGUUCGGCCCAGAAGACUGGAUGACAGGCAUGUGGAUUCGGCAUUUAUGUGAGGAGCGCCGAAAUAGCACGUCAAAUUUCUUUGUUGCCGAUGUAUGUCCGUUCGCGGAGGGAAUACCUCGCUACGUCUGCGAACCUCCUGAAAAUGCGCAUGAUUAUUAUUACCAUAAGGAAGGGAUUGUAGGAUUUAAUCAUGGGCAUGUGGUGGCAGUUCAUCGAUUGAAGGAGGAUUGGCGCUUUUGUGAAGCGGAUAAGAUAUUGCGAGCUGGUGGGUAG